AUGGCUGCAGCAAUCGGGACGCCUUUAAAGAUUGAUCAACCGACAUUGAUGCGGACUCGUUCAUCGGUGGCUAGGUAUUAUUGGCCACAACAGAGGCACAAUGUAGGAAGAGUAAAAAAAUCUGUUCCCCAACAAGUAGCUAAAUCUGGAUCUGAAGCCAUGAACGAAGUGAUGGAUCAUGUCGCCCCAAGGAAAACUCCUCAUCAUCAUAACGCAACCUCUGCAAAGAGACAACCUCCAGUUUGUAAACCAAUCUCUAAGCCAAUUGAAGCGGAAAAGGCAAUACAACAUAAGGCAAAUUCAACCUCUGGGCUGACAACAGUUGGAAAAUUAGCUACUCCUACACUUGUUUCAGAAAGAUCGCCUCUAAUCCAACUGUCAACUCCAAGUCCAACCAAGCUUUCCCAACAACAGAUAAGUUCCCUUCUUGAUCAAAGUUUAGCUGAAUUUUUAAUUCCUUUUGAGGAUUUAAUGCAGGGCAUUGAAGUUCAGAAUGAGGCACAAACCCCCGAAGGCAAAGUAGCAGAAAAGAAUGAACCUCAGAUUACAGACAGUAGACAGCGCGCUUUUUUGCCUUGCACAGAAACAGAAAAUUCUCUUGUAUUGGAAGAACCUCCUUGUAACCUUAGGAAUACGGUCAACACCUCUUUGAUUGCUGAUGAUGCGCAGUUAGCAUAUGUAUCAGCGAAUGAAUCGGAUCAUACCAAUGAGGAGAAUCAGGCAACAACGAUCCUGGCAGCAGUUCCACGAAUCUUACCACAAUAUUAUGAGAAAAAUGUCAACACUGAGCAAUAUUGGCGUGAUCAAUCUCCAAAAUCAGUAACGGUGCGGUUUUCAAAAGGUACAAAAGAGACGAGGCGCGAAGAAUUCAUGGACAUUGUCCGCGACGACUGGAAUAAACCAAUUGAUUGCUACGGAAUGUUUGGUCUCUCAGUUAAGCUGCGUCGUUUAAAGCAAAGGCUGAGGGAAUGGAAUAAAUUGGUUUUUAGUGACGUCUUUGAGAAUCUCCGAACGGCGGAAGAAAAGGUAACAAGAUUGGAGGAGCAGCAUGAUCGUACUCAGGAUCCAAACGACCGGAUUACCUUAAAAGAAGCUUAA